GGUGGUGGGCUACUUUUUGUAGGCGGAGCGGGAAAAGAAUACGAGAGGCGAAGAGAGUUUGGGAGGGGGAGAGGAAAGGAGAGGUGUUGCAUCUUAAGAUAUAGAGACGAGAGCCCUGACUCCUCUGUCUACGUCUCGUCCUCCGCAGGGAGCAAAGGAAUAACGAGAGGACCUUUGACCCUACCGCCAUUGUGCACGAUGGGAGCAUCACGUCUGCAGCAGGUCGCCUGCGUCCUCACACUUCUGUCAGUGGCUUAUGCAACCCUCUUCGAGUAUGACGAAUGCUUGUUCGGAGGCCAUUGUAAAUCUUCUAGAAAAGACAAGGAGAAUACGAAGUCCACGAUCACCUUCAUGCUUCCGGAGAUUUGUUAUCCUUCCUCUUCAGGAAUUAUGAGCGCAGAGCCCAGGAAUAUGACCAUCAAUACGGACCGGGACUGCGACCCUUUCCAAUACGAAAGCAUCUACCGAACAGCGGACGGCACCUGCAAUCAUCCAUUUAACCUGGGCGCCUCCACUAAGCCCUUGUCUCGACUUUUGCCAGCCAGAUACGAAGACGGAAGAGAAGUACCCCGCAUUCACGGUAAACUCGGUCUUCCACUCCCAAAUGCAAGACUGGUCAGUAAAGUCAUCCACCCUGACAUCCGUACUUCAACUCCCUUCACGGUUUUCGUUAUGCAGUGGGGACAGCUCAUGGACCAUGACAUGGUAUCCACACCACUGCCUGUUGAUGACACUCGGCGCACCAUCAAGUGUUGUUCGGACGACAAAACUCACGUGCUCCCAAACGCUAGUUCAGAGUGCUUCCCCAUCCGCUUUGGACCGGACGAGAGUUUCCUUGGGUCCUGUAUGGAGUUCGUGAGGUCUAUGCCAAUCAAGGACAAACAUGGAACCGUGAAGCUUCCUCGAGAACACAUGAACGCCGUGACGUCCUUCAUUGACGCCUCCGUCGUGUACGGCAGUACGGCAGAAAGGUUGAAGGAGGUGCGAGACAACCACGGCACAGGUUACCUUCUCAACGUGACUGAAGAUGAUUAUCUGCCCUCGAGCGGCAGCGCUGACUGCAUCAGGCCAACCAAAUCAGACUACUGCUUCCUCGCUGGUGACGAGAGAGUAAACGAGCAUCCCUCCCUCACUCUCAUCCACACAAUCCUGGUGCGCCUGCACAACCGCAUCGCCCACAUCCUCAAGUACAUGCGGCCCUUCUACCCCGACGAGGACAUCUUCCAGCGCGCGCGUGCAAUCGUCAUCGCCAUUACACAAAAGAUUAUGUACGCCGACUGGCUGCCAAUCGUCCUGGGCGAGCAGACUAUGAAAACCUACGGCUUGGCAGUUGGUCCCAAGUUCAAGCGAUCCAAAUACGACUCCCUUUUGGACCCUACCAUUCCUACCUCUUUCUCUACUGCUGUAUUCAGGUUUGGCCACACCCUCAUCCCCCGCUCCGUCCCUAUCGGCGGCAGUCAACGCUUGCUGCGCGAGCUCUUCUUCAACCCCUCGCUGAUUAAGAACAACAUAGAGAAGAUGGUUGACUCCUUCACCAUUGGCAGCGACCCUGACGCACGCUCUCAAAUGCCGGACACCUUUAUAGUCGAAGAAGUAACAAACCAUCUCUUCGAGUCAGAAGAGGGCAUUGGAAAGUCCUUUGACCUUAUUGCCCUCAACAUCCAGCGCGCACGCGACCACGGCCUCCCGACGUACAACGAUUUCAGGGAGUACUGCGGUCUUCACAGGAUCAAGUCCUUUGACGACAGUGCCCUCGGUGUUUCUCAAAAAGCGCUUGCUUCCAUUUAUAGCCACCCCGAUGACAUUGAGUUGUUCAGCGGCGGUAUUCUGGAACCAAUGGCCUACGGUGGGCUCGUUGGUGAGACGUUCAACUGUCUGAUGAGAGAGGUCUUCUACAAACUCAAGUAUGGUGACCGUUUCUUCUAUGAAAGCUACGGAGAAAAGGGGAGCUUCAAUAACGACGAACUUGCCGAGAUCAGGAAGGUGACUCUUGCCCACGUGCUGUGUCAGACCACAGGCAUUCAUGAAAUACAAGUAAACGCCUUCUUCCUGCCCGGACCAAAGAAUCCCCGCGUCAGCUGCGAGAAGCUUCUUCUCAACGGUUUGGACGUGGGCGCCUUUGUCCGCCAUUGGUGAUUCCCUCUUUGCUGAUUGGUCAUUUACUGCCGUCAUCUCUAAUUAGUCAAACCCAAACACGUGUUUCUCUGUUAUUUUUUUUUUUUUUUUUUAAUUAGCCUUUAAUGACCAGCUGAGGGAAUCUCCUACUGCGCUCAAGGCACAAAAGCGGCAUGAACUUGCUGUGCCGACUAACAAUUAUUUGGGUAAAGGGGUAUAACCGUGUGUGUGUGAAGAGUUGUCUUUCUUGCUAACAUUCUCUUUCUCUGUAUUGGCAUUGAUAUUAAAACAGUAUAGUUUUCUGUAACACAUAUCAAAAAAGGAAGUUUUGCAUAAUUUUCUAGAACAUUAAAGUUCAUUUCUCUAAUCUUGAUUCUUAUAGUCUAAAAUAGUUAUAUGCAAAUAUGGUUUAUACACAAACAUUGUGGUAAACAACAGUUUGAGUGAAGUCAGUAACAGUUUCUAAAUUUUGCUUACUGAAAUCUCGCAGUGUUAAGCAAUAUUGAAAUAAAGUGUGUUUGGGUUAAUAAA